GUAAGCACUUUUACUUUUUCAGCAAUGUCCCUCAGGUGAACUUUGACACUGUUUACAAAGAGAAACCAGUUUUGUGUCAUCCUGAAAUGCGUUGUUCGGCUGAAACUUAUAGUUCCCGGAAAAGUUCUAAAAUGGUUUAUUUUGGGGAUUUUUGUUUUAUUUAUGUAUUCAACACAAUGUGCAAUAUUUCCAGUUUUUGAAAAUGAUUGAAAUUGAACUUUAUUUUAGAAAAAGUUCCGAUCUUUCAAUAAUAUUUUGCCAGCGGAUGCUUACAAAUUUUAAGUGAAACGCCUUUCUUGUCCAAAGGUGGUGUGUAAAGCGAAAAACUAUCAUUACACAUUGCGUUUAUUCAUUCAAUGUAAAUGAUCUGUAACAGAUUAAGGAGAUCGGGCAGUGCUAAACUAUACUAAAUGGAUAUCUCUAACUAUGAAUAAGGAGGCAUAUAUAUUUCAGUAAGGAAAUCUGAGAUGAAAUGCCAAUGCAGGCGUUUUACAAAGAGAUAAGAUCAGAUUUUACACAGAGACAAAAUCGGACAAUCAGAUUUUCUGAGGGAUAAGAUCAAAAUGGGUGGGGUAACUUCUAAAGAUGAAUCAGCGGAGGAACCUACAUUGAUCUUUCCGCUUGAUUAUUCGCAGCCUGAUUUGGACGAAUACAGGAGAAAGGCCGGAAGUUAUGAACAGCAGCCUGAUUUGGACGAAAACAGAACAAUGCCAAGAAAUUUUGGACAGGUAUUCAGCGAAAGGUAUUUAGUUCCUUCUGACAUAGAAAACGACCCAUAUGCAUUAGAUGUGUAUAUGAAAGCUUUAAAAGAUGGCGAAGAAGAAGACCGAUCCAUUCGAGUAAACGUUGUUGGUAACUUUGCACAAGGAAAAACUUCUCUCGUUAGACGAUUGGUCGGAGAAUCUGCUGAAGGUGUAGAGAGUACGAACGGCAUAGAUAUUGAUCGGUAUAGAUGUCAGAAGAAGACAGAUGGCACAUUCUCCUACGUGAAGAAAGAAACUGUAGACACCUCAGAUAUAGGCAAGCGCUUAGCUGCUGUUGCUUGUGCUGAUGCAGAACAUGGCGGUAAUUCUGAAAUUGGCAACGGCGCAGACGCUCAAGGUGCAAAAGAAUCAAUCUCAGCUGAAUUUCAAAUCGGCUCAAACCCGACAGAAGGGAUGCAAACAGAUUGGCAAGAAGCUCAAGCCAUCCCGUUACAAGACAGUAUUACACAACCGGUUGAUUUUAUCAGUAAAACUGAAAGUCGAAUUCCCAAACACUUAAUGGAAGAAGACUUCAAAAUAUUUACAGAACAGUUAAGAAACAGAACCAAUUCAAACAGAGAAACCUGUAAUCAUGUGUCUUUUGAUAUCUGGGACUUUGGUGGCCAGUAUACAUUUUAUGCAACACAUACAAUAUUUCAUAGUAGGAAAGCAAUUUAUAUUUUGGUAUUCAAUCUUUCUUUAGACUUAAAAAAGCAAUUGGGAGACGACGUCAGUAAUGAGGACGAAUCAUGUUUGUCAUCGAAAGAGAGGAAUCCGGAAUAUUACAUCCGUUUCUGGAUGAACUCAAUUCAUUCCUUUGUAGGAAAUGGCUCAGGAACUGAACCACGAGUAAUUCUUGUUGGAACACAUAAAGACAAGCUCAAGGGCGAUAAAAGAACUCAGCAAAUAUUGGCAGACAGAUAUUUCAGAAAUAUUCGGGAUUUCUUCGAAGGAACACACAUGAUUAACCACAUACAACCAGAAGAUUACGCAGUAGAUAAUACUGAUGAGACUGAUGCAUCUAUAAAAGAACUCAGAGAAAAGAUCAUCGAAAUAGGUGAAGAAAAUGCAAAAAUGGUUACGAUUCCUGCAAAAUGGAUACAACUGGAAAAACAGAUAAUUCUAAAUAGACACAGAAAAAUAGUUUCAUUGAAAACGGUGAUGGAAAUGGACGCUGAGAGCGAUUUUCCGAUAGCGAACUCUGAGCAAAUUAAAGUAUUUCUGAAAUACCAUCAUAACAAAGGUACACUGUGUUACUUCGAUGAAGAACCAAUAUCUAGUGACGUAGUAUUAGACCCUCAAUACUUAAUCGAUGCAUUUAAAUGCAUUAUUACAGCUGAGAAAUUUUGUGAGAAGGACAAUGAAAUAAGACCAUUUUGGCAAAAACUUAUCACAGAAGCAAAGCUGGAGCACGCUCUUAUCGACAAUAUUUGGGGAAAGGAUGAAGACAAAGAGUUCAUGAAACAUAAAGAAACACUUCUUGGUUUUCUUAAGAAACAUCAUAUCAUAUCGGAAGUAAGGUACGAUAGUACAGACCAAUUACUCAGUGGGCGUAACUGGUUUAUUGUGCCGAGUUUUCUUCCAGAUCAAAGUUCAGAGUCUGAAACAGUUGAAUUCCUCACAGGGAAACAGCAAACACAAAUGCGUUACAUUUUGUCGUUUGAUAGCACUGCCAUUGUUCCAACGGUUUACCAUCGUUUGAUGGCAGCCGCAUUAGGGAAAUGGCCAGUCGUUCGAUUCCGAACCAUUCACUUGAUGUACAAAGACCUAACAGUUUUUCGUCUGGAUACAUAUAACGCCGGCUUGUUGGAACUGACAAAUGAAACCAUUGAACUUUCAGCGGCUAGUUUGUGCACAUCAGUACCAGUGAAUGCUGAAGUAACCGACGGAUUCCGCCGCUUCGUUGUGUCAACAGUUGAACACGAGUUUAGUAAAUUACGAGAUGCUUUUGAAGAGUCCAAGAAGCCGUAUUUAUCAAAACUUAGAUGUAACCACCCCAGUCACGGAUUUUCUGGAAGUGUGAACCUCAUGGAAAUAUCGCAAAUGGAAAACAGGAAGCUUUUGCCAUGUCCUGAUUUAAUGUCACACGAAAUCUUCACUGAAAUGGCUAUGUCAGAGUGGUUCGAAGAUACGGAAUGUCUGAAGCUCACGCCAAAGUAUGAACUGUCUGACAAACAUCUGAGUAAAAUGUCUCGGGCUAUUGGAGAUAAUUGGAAACUACUUGGACUAGAACUUGGUCUGACGGAAGUUGAUAUUCAGCAUAUUGUUGAUGAUAAUCCACAGUUUGUAAUUAUGAGAAUUUACAAAAUGCUAAAAGAGUGGAGUCAAAAAGAGUUAGAGAAGGGUUCUACUGCUACCAUAGAUGUUUUAUUGGAGGCCAUGAAAAGUUGCCGAGAAGUGUCUAUCGAUUGGGAUAUCAUUCGCAACGUGAUAGACGAACUAGAAAAUUCAUCAAAAGUGUCAUAAAUUUCAAGAGAAUGUUGAAGUAAUGCUGCCAUCGCCUUAAGCUUUAUCAAUUUAGGAAAUUUCAAAACACCGGAUAAUAUUUCUUUCUUAGACAAAAAUUAUCUUCUAUACAGGUACCGGAUAAAAGGAUUGACGUAAAAUAUGUCAAACAUGAAAAACAAAGCUUACAUCGUUCUCGGCGGAUGGCAGGAAAUUAAAACAUUGAGUUUAAAAGAAAGACAGGACAAAAAUAAUUGUAGAUAUCCUGUACCAAGUUUACUAUCACAAUUUGAAACGAUGGGACUGAGAUAAGUAAAGAAUUCUCGUUUAUGGUAAAGCAAAUAAAAUCUAUAGGUAGAUUCUUUAGAAGCAUAGAAUGCAACCAAGCAAAAUAAAAUAGCAAACUACAUUCGACUGAGUAUGUUCAUGAGAGGAAAUGGAUUUUGCAACACCCUUCGCGUCUCUAAUCACCGUCAUAAAAA